GCGAACGACGGCUUAUCGACCCGCGACGUAAAUCAGGGUUGGUGCUGCGGCUAUUUUUCCACGUCCCAACCCGAAAAGAAGGAUGAGAAGGAAAAUGCAACGCAAGAAGGAGUAGGAGCAAAAAAAAGCAGUGCAACAGAAGAAGAAUUUUUUGAAGGGACGCCAACCCCGCUUGGAUUUAUGAUCUUGCGGUUAUACGAACAGAUCUUCAAUUUGAAUCCCUCCAAACCGCAGGAGUGCGAGCGCCGUCGGCUGAUCUUGACCAUGAUUGAAAUGUGGGAAAACCACUUUUUUAUGGUGCUGGAC